UGAUGGCGCACGCACAGCUUUCGCCUUCCUGCGAAUGCUGCUGGCGCCUGGGCCGGUGAGCGGGGGGACAUCUCCGAGCCAGGGCUUUUUUGAGGACAGACGAGAUGCUCCAGGCGCCGGGACCGGCUGUGCUGGGCGCUCCUGGGCGGCGGCGAGUGCCCGCUGCCUGCCGGCCAUGUCCGGCCGCGGGAAGUCCGGCGGCAAGGCGCGGGCCAAGGCCAAGUCGCGCUCGUCGCGGGCCGGGCUGCAGUUCCCGGUGGGCCGAGUGCACCGGCUGCUGCGCAAGGGCAACUACGCGGAGCGGGUGGGCGCCGGGGCGCCGGUGUACCUGGCGGCGGUGCUGGAGUACCUCUCGGCCGAGAUCCUGGAGCUGGCGGGCAACGCUGCCCGCGACAACAAGAAGACCCGCAUCAUCCCGCGGCACCUGCAGCUCGCCAUCCGCAACGACGAGGAGCUCAACAAGCUGCUGGGCGGCGUGACCAUCGCCCAGGGCGGCGUGCUGCCCAACAUCCAGGCGGUGCUGCUGCCCAAGAAGACGCAGAGCUCCAAGAAGUGAGCGCUGACCCCCCGGCCCUCCAGCCGCAGAUGGGGCCGGGGUCCCCCCUCCUGCCCCCCGGCCCGGAGGCCGGCCCCGGCUGUGCCCCGCCAGCCCUCCGCUCGCCCCCAUGCCGCAGCGGGGAGCCUGGGGGAGCGUGGCUGAGAGCAGGCCCUGCUUGCGUCUCCCACCCUCCCCCAGGCUCCUUGUCCCCUGGAAGAGGCGGUUUUGGAGCAGCCUGGCUGCUGGCGGCGUCCCCCGAGCCAGACGGUCGGAGGCUGGCGCAGAGCCGCUGGUGGCGGUGGAAGCUCGUGCUGGCUGCCGUGGGGCCGGACAUGGGCACCCUCAGCCGCCUCUCCCUGCUGCCAGCCCCAGGGGCUGCGCGGGGCCCCCUCGGCCACCCUGGCACAGCGAUUGGACUUGCUGCCGCUGUGUGCCCCUGGCGAUGCCAUCCCGGCUGCACUGCGGUGGGGAGGGCAGGGGGCUGAAUAAUGUGAAAAGCAGAAGUUUCUCAGGCACUGAGAAAGUGACUGUUGGUCUUGGUUUUGUUCCUGGUAAAGCUAGUGCAUCACCUACUGCAAGGGAGCGCUGAUCUUUUCAUUUCGAGGUCUCUUUUAUUUUGGGGUACCUCCCGGCAAAGUCACCUUCCUGUACUCCUCCUGCUUGGUGGCCAUCGGCAGACCCUCUGGCCCCAUAGCUGUGGGUCCUGCUGACGGGGUGGGCGGCGGAUGCAGCGACGGAUCCCCUCGGAGAGCGUUGCAAGGUCAGGCACCCGCUGCCGCCGGGAGCGGGAGCUGCCAUCUUCUGCCGUGGCUCUGCUCUCCCUCCCGUCACGGAGCAGCUCUUGGUUGCAGAAUCUCUUAAUAUUGUGGAGAGCUAUGUUGUACCCUAGUUGCACUUCUGAAAAUGACAUGCAAUGUCUCUUUCUGUUUUGUUUUUUUUUCCUUGUUGUUGUUUAAUACUAUUCCUGGUUCUGAAAAAAUAAAGUGCUGAUGAUUAUCUGUUAACUGUAACCCUUUAUGGAUUAAUAUUUCUUUUUAAAAAGCCCCAGAGUUUGUAUUUAAAAACAACUUUUAGCUAGUACAGUAUUUAUUAAACGGCUGCUGGGUAAUGUAGGAGCAUGGGAGCCGGCUGUCCCUGUGACACCCGGCAUGACUGAUGCCGAGACCAGCUUUCCUCGCUGCCCAGUGCAGCCUGCUUCUGUGGAGGCCGAUAGUUGUGUGCAUGCAGCAGUGUCUAGGCAAGCGGACAGUAGAUCUUCAUAAUGUUGUCUUUUUUAACGAGUAAAAUGAGCAACUAUUUAUGUGCUGUAAGUAGCAUGUGUUCAACCUAUUGAAUCAGCUGUUAAUCUUGUGGAUGAAGUAACUUACUCUGGCUCUGACUUUAUUAUUACCUAGAGUAGAUGAGUCUGGAUGCUUGUCAACCGGUUUAUGAGGGGGUUUUUCCCUCCGUUACAGAACGUGGCAGCAGUGUGUUUGUCAGUGUAGUGCUAAUGGGGAAGCAGAAGUGUCUGUCGGUUGCUCCGUGGUGCCCGCUGACAGGGCUGACCUUGGCAGGGGCAUGGCAUCCGGCCGCAGUCCCGCUGGGGCGGCACGGGACCUGCUGGGAUCGCUCCUCCUUCUGUAAACUUGAUGUUACCACGUGUGGGGUAUGUGGGGUGGGAUGAGGCGUUUUCUCUAUGUGCAAACCACUGUCUGGAGUGGUGGCUCUGAUGUGUCUGUAUCUGAGUGUCUUGUUCUCUUCCCUCUUUUUUUUGUUUCCUCCAGGACCAGCAUUCUGUACAACUCAAAAGAGAGUGCUUUGUAUUUCUUAGAAAAUGCAGAACUUGUGAUACUGGAAAGAACAGUGCAAACCCAAUAUCUGAUUAAACUGGUUCAGUAUUGAA